GACGCACUUUACGGAACAAAAUUCCAUUUUGUUUUGCUGUUAACAGAACAAAUUUCGCACGAAGAUCUCCAAGAUGUCGGCCGCGGUGUCGGAAGUGUCGGCGGCCAUAGGGGACUUGGGUAAUGUCACGAACACGAUCAAGGAAAAGGUGGCUCUCUUCGGGUCAAACCUCGACACCCGUGCGAACCACGAGCAAAUAACAGAACUCACAAAGCAAGGUCGAGACCUGGUGCAGGCGACAACCGCCAAGUUGCAGACGUUGGUCAACUCUGCGUCGGGGGCCGACAAAAGUGCGUCGAGGAAGCUGAGCAAAGACUUCAAGGUGCAGCUAACGGCCUUCGAACAAGUGUGUGCAAAGACCGUGGCGUCGGAAAGUACGGCGGUGCAAGCGAUCCGAUCCACGUCUGUGCGUCGGAACACCGAGCGCGAUUUGACCAACUACAACGAAGACCUCAUCUACACUCAAGCCAGCGUCCAAGUGUACGACGAAGAUGGUAUCCUUUCUCAUUAUCUACAAGCUACAACGUAUCUAAACGACAUCGUAGACUUGGUGCGGCGGGAAGAAGACAUCAUCACGAUCAACCACAAAUUGGGCGAAAUCAAAGCAGCGUUUCAAGAAGUCGACGGUCUUGUACAGGACCAACAAGACAUUGUCGUCGAGAUCCACGACAACACGACGGCGGCAGCAGAAGACACGUCGGCUGCAUUAGGCCAGGUGCAGCAAGCCGACAAGAAGACAGGCUAUGCCACAUGCACAUGUUGCUACCUCUGUACGAUCAUGUAGACAUGGAUAAGCAUGUUAGUAAGCGCACCUGGUGUCUUGGUCGCAUGGACUGUCUAUCAUCGUCGUUACCAUGAUGCUUUUGACGCCAAACAAAGUGAAAGUACGUGAGUGCAUGUACAGUAUGUAUGUUGUACGCAUCGCUUUCAUUAUGACACGCGCAUGGGUUCCAUAAAGGUACGAGCAGCGCUGAUGCGUUCAUAAAUACCUGGCGUGCCGAGGUGGUCACCACAUUCAAAGCCCCAGCUGGCCGAUCGUCAACGGUCCCCCCGAGUCGCCGCGACACGAGUCUUCUCCUUCCACCCCUCCAGCACCCAACAUCGUAUCGGUCACUGGGGUAGGGAACAACGCAGCCGAGGCCCUGGUAUUGUUUUAGCGACUUUCUGUGGUCGUGGGCACGCACUAUUUAACUGGUUUUGAUGACGGAGAACUGGCCAAUAUCACCCAGGAAAUCAAACACCCCAAGGGCACCGACGUGGGUAUCGUAAUCUUGGAACGCAACAUCACGGCCAUCCAACCUGUGUCGUUUGAAUUCGUUCCG